UCUUGUGCCUUUUGCCGAAUCUUUCUUUCUUUCUUUCAUGUCUUCCACCUCCGAUCGAUCCCCUUCCUCUGCAAAACUGCUAUCCAUUCUUCAUCAUAUCAUUCAUUCUAUUCCAUCACUUGCACCGCCGCCACCAUGCUCGGCUCAUUGACGUCCAACACCACUGCAGGCGACGGCGGCGGCAGCGAAGGCAGUGCCGGUUCUUGUCAUCAGCAUGACUCCAACCUCCACCCAGCUGCCGGUCCAAUUUUCUCUUCUUUCCCUGCGCGGCAGCUGCUCAUUCACUGCGCCGACCUCGUCCACCGCGGCGAUCUCCUCGCCUCCGACCGCGCCGUCACCCUCCUCCUCUCCGCCGCCAACGCCGGGGCGGACGACGCAACCGAUCGCCUCGUCCGCCAGUUCUGCCGCGCCCUCUCUCUCCGCAUCGCCGGCCGCCCUGCCGCCGCCGCCUCCUCCGCUGCCUACUUCCUCUUCAACCAGAUCGCCCCCUUCCUCCGCUUCGCGCACCUGACGGCGAACCAGGCCAUCCUCGAGGCCGUCGCCGGCCGCCGGCGGAUCCACAUCCUCGACCUCGACGCUCACCACGGCCUGCAGUGGCCGCCGCUCCUCCAGGCCAUCGCGACGGCCGGCGGCCGUCCCCCUUCGGUUAGGAUCACCGGCGCGGGGAGCGACUUCGAAACCCUCCGACGCACCGGCGAUCGCCUCACUGCCUUCGCGCGUUCCUUCCACUUGGACUUCGACUUCCGACCUCUUCUCCUCCUUCCCAAACACAGACCCCAUCGCCCUACCACUCUCGACCAGCUGCACCUCGACCACACCGAAACAAUGGCGGUCAAUUGCGUCCUCUUCCUCCACAAGCUUCAAAAGGAAGAAGAACUCCUCUCUUUUCUCACAACUCUCAAAGCGAUCAACCCCGCCGUGGUGACUGUCGCCGAGAGGGAAAUGCCGCCGGCAUCUGACGUCUCCCCCAACUCCAUCCACCAGUUCGCCGCCGCCGUAGAGUACUACUCGGCGAUGUUCGAGUCGUUGGAGGCCACCUUGCCUCCGUCAAGCAGGGAGAGGUCAGAAGUGGAGCAUUCAUGGCUAGGCCGGGAGAUUCAAACUGUGGUCGCCGGCAGGGAGGUCCACCGGUGGUCGGAAAGGUGGGAGAUCGCAAUGCGCACCGUAGGGUUUCGGAACAUCCCUCCAAGCAGAUUCGCGGUGUCGCAAGGUAAAAUGCUGUUGCGGCUCCAUUAUCCGGCGGAGGGGUACGAGAUGGAGGUGGUGAAGGAAGGGUUUUGCUUCUUGGGGUGGAAGAACAAGCCCCUCUUCUCAGUCUCCUCUUGGCACUAAAUAAGUAUGAUCAUGGCAAAAUUAUUGCAUAAGUUAAUAAUAAUAAUAAUAAAGGGGUUUAAUUAGUUAAGCCUAGAGAUUAAAUGGAUGUAAUUUGAUUGAUGCAAUUAAGUUAGUUUAAUUAUAU